AUGAAUACUUUCACUAAAUUUGCUGAGGAAGAUGAAAUCACCAAUCAUAAGAUUAAAGCCUUAGAACUAAAUGCAUCAUAAUUUUAAGCACAAAUGAAGGUAAAUACUAAAGGUUAUACAGCCGCUAUUUAAUGAGAAUACUAAAUUAAAAUAGCAUGUUAUCAGUCUUAACUGUUAUAUAGAGGAACGCAAAUUAUAGUUGGCCAACCUUAUUAGUGAUACUGGUCCAAAUGGAGAAGACAGAAUAUUAAUUAAGGCAGUGGCAGAUUUCAAAUAAAUAUGUGAUCUGUUAGAAGGUAUUAUCGUAUUUAUAGAAAGAGGAGAUUAUCAGAUUGAAUAAUAUAAUAAUUGAUAACAAUAAUGCAAAAUCUGCAUUUUAAUUGACUAUUAAACAAUUAAAAGAAAAUUUAGAGAAAGAAACAGAAAGACAUUUCAUAGAAAAAUAAUAAUUGAUAGAUUAGAAUCGAAAGAUGAAUGAUUAUCAUAAGUAAUAAAAAUUGCUGAGUGAUCAACGAUAAAAUCAUUUGGUAUUUUGAUUUAAAUUAUAUUUUUUAGCAAAUGAAAAUAGAAGAUCUAAGUUCUUAAAUUAUGUAGGUAAAAUUAAAUGAAUAAAAACUUCAUAAAUACUAUAAAGAAGAAAUUGAAAUACAAACUGAGAAACUAAAUACAGAACUUCUAUAAGUGAAAUUCGAAAAGCAAGAUCAAAUGGAGAAAUUUGAGAAUGAAAGAAGGGCAUAUUUAAAAUAGUUGGAAGUUCUUAGUUCUAAGUUGAAUUAAGUGAAAAUGGAAUUAAUAAAUGAAUACGAAUAUAAGAUAUAAUCAUAAAGAAUGAAAAUGGAAAAUUAAAUAUAAAAAUUAAAAGAAGAUUGUUUAGAAUAUAAAAAUUAAUCUUUGUAAUAUAUAGAAAAAAAUAAAAUCUUGCAAUUCUAAAUUGAUAGAUCUUAAACAUAUAUUACAAGUUUGGAGAAAGAUGUAUAAGAUCAAAAAUAUAAAAUAUUUCUCUUUGAUGAGUAAAUAAAAGAAAAAGAUGCUAAGAUACUUCAAAAAGAUAUAUUAAUUGAUUAAUUAAAGUAUUGUUGAAAUAUUAUGUAGUGAAUAGAUAAAGAAAUUAAAACAUGAUAGAAAUCAACCAGGAACAAGAGAAAAUGUUCGAAAAUAGAGUUUGAUGAUUUAAUCAAAUAAGAGCCAAUCUCCUGAUAAAGUACAAUAAUAAUAAAAGAGUAAUCAGUAGUAAAAGUAAGUAAUAAGAUAAAGAGAAGCAAUAAAGUAAACUAGCAAUCCUGAAUCAUUAGUGUAAUCUUCUUAGAAAAAAACAUCUAUAUAAAAAGAUGAAUUCACAUUUUAAGAUACAACAAUAGAAUAAUAUGUUGAAAAUAAUAGAUAAGAAAUAAUCUAAUCAAUUUAGUAACCUAGUAGAUAAUCAAUAGUUGAGGAUCAGCCGAUAUAAUAAAUAUCCAUUAUAAAAAUAGUAUCAAAUGAAGCAGUAUCUACAUUUAGAAAUAAUGAAGGAUUGCAAAAAAUUUAAUAGAAUAAAUCCUUAUAAACUACUCAAAGAGCUUAGAAUAUUAGUUAAGAAGAUUUUGGAGUUUAAUGCGAUUUAGUUGAAGUUGAUUCUAAUAGAUCUUCUUUUCAUAGUUCAGAAGCAUAAUUAGCGAGAUGUAAAAAUGAAAUUAUUCGACUUAAAGAAGAGUUUGAAUUUAAGCUUAAAUGUAAUCAAGAUGAAAUAAAUGAUAUGUAAGAUUUGAUGAAAAUCUCAAAGGUUAAAUAUGAGUAAAUUAUUGAAUAAAUGAAAAGAGAUUUCUAAAAAUAAUUAUAAUAAGAAUUAUAAAUUAAAGACUAGCUUAUUUCUAAAUUACAAUAAAUAAUCAAUGAAAAAGACUAGAGUAUAAAAAACUAUAUUGAUUCAGAAUAAUUGUAUGAAAUCUUGAUUGAAGAUCUAAAUCUAAGAUUAAAAUAAAAAGAUUAAGAAUAAUUAGAUCUCUUAAAGAAAUUUUAAGAGGAUAUUCGUUAAUUAUAGGCUGAAAAUGAAAUAGAAUAAAAAAGAUUAUUAGAAUUAUCUGAAAAUUUAAAAUAAACUCAUAAGUAAGAAAUGGAAAACUUAAAUAAUUAACAUUUGUUAGAUCAGGAACAGCUUCUUUAAGAAAGAAAAAAACUUAGAGAACAUUAAGUUGAUCAUGAAUAAUUUAUUAAAUAAACAACAAAUUUAUUAGAGUAAGCAAAAUCAAAAGAAUAUUUAUUAGAUAGUUAUAGAAGAGAAUUAUUAAAAACAAACGAAAUCGUUAAAUAUUUAUCAUUAGAAAUAGAAAAUUUUAAAAAAAUCAAUAAUAUUUUCAGAACUAAAAAUGAUUAUGUUCCAUAAAAUUUUCUUUAUAAUGGUAUGGGAUUUUUUCCAACAGAAGUUUAAGAUAAAAUAAAGAAUAAAUUAAAUAAAGUAAAAUAAAAAUAAAGCAUACCUUCAAAUAUCUCAAAAGAUGUUUAUGCUAUGAAUUUUUAGCUUUAAAAGGGUUCUAAAAUGAAACCUGCUAAAUUAGCAUCAAUGACGAAUAACAUCCAAGAUUUCAAAUAAUCAAAGUUAAUUUAAUUUAUAUUAUAGAUAAGACAUCAAAGUGAAAAUUGAAUAAAUGAAUGAAAAUAUAGAUGGAUUACCAAAGAUUAAUUAAAAAAAUACAUAAUAAUUAGAAAGAUCUCAUUCAGAAUCAAAAUAAUAAAUACUUAAUAAAAAUGUCAGAUCAAGUAAAUUAAAUAUUAUUAAUUAUCUUUAGAAACCCAAUAGGAUGAUUAUGAAACUAAUGAUCCUAAAAAGAUAAUUUAGGAUAUCAAUUAAAAAGAAUUACUUUUAAUAUAACGCAGUUAGUUGUUACUAUCUUAGUUGAAUGUUACUGCAGAGGAUUAUUAAAAAUAAAAUUAAAGAAAAUAAAAUUUUAGUACUUGUAAGAUAUGA